GCAAGGCCGCCCAACCUCUCAUCCUAAGCCAGAGCCGAAUGAAACGCGUCGCUGCUGCCAUACAUCAAGAGACUGGUCUGCAAAUCAUGUCGGGUCUAGAUAUAUUAGCACUUGGGACGAGUGCGGUGGCUAUCGGGCCUAGUUGGCUAGACUUGACGCUUGAACCACGUACCAUCCAACCAUCACGAGUGUACACUUCUCGAUAUCGCCCUUCUACCGACGCACAACGACAGAGCCAAAGUGUGGAAUUGGUCAAUACGCUGACAGCUGUCGUCGAGCCAGGACUCGCACUCGGCAAGAUCCCUGUAAAGACAUUGCAGGAAGCAUACGAUGUGAUGGCGAUUGUUAGAGAACAAGUGUGGCUCAACUCGCUCCUCCAAGGGGCAGGUUUCAAGCCCGGUUACGGAUCCCAAGACGUCGAAAGUGGAGCACCCAUCACUGCUACGGGGGGAGAUAUAUCUAAAGAGAACCAAGCUCUCAACGAAGAGGAAGCCAAAGCCAUGUACGCGGCAUUACUCAGCGGGUCGUACGCCUCCUCGCGGUUACGAGUGACGUACGAGGUCCUUGUGGAUGAUCGGACAGGGGUGCGCAUCAGCUUCCCCCUCUCCGGCACGAAGGUUACGGUGGAGGUCGUGCUGGACGUGGUUAAUUCUUCGAGGGGAGUGAGGGUGGUUGUGAAUGGCGAGAGACAGGAGAGUAUGGAGGAGGUGGUCCGACGCGGUGGAUUACUCGCGUUGCCCAUCAAGGCGACCGCUUGGAUCCGAGGAUCAACGAAUGAACAGAAUGGUCGUCGUGCCUCAUCAUAUGCAUCCUCUGUGCACUCAACCAAAGCCCACUCCCAUUCCAUUCCUAAACGGCAGCGUCGCCCUGAUUCUCGCCUUUCGCUCGGCUAG